AUGCAGCUGGUGGCCAGCCUGGUGUCCGUUCUGCUGCUGGUGUGGAGCGUGAGAGCCACUGCGCUGCCCGGAGAAGAGAGGCUCGCAAUACAGAACACGAGGGAACAGAGCACAGUGCGGAAAGAGGCCAUCCUGAAGAUGCUGGCGGGCCUGCUGGACAGUGUGGAUGCGGGGCGUGAAGCAGCCUCCCCGGACAUGGAAGAGGAGGGCAAGCUGGAAGAGGAGCGGGCGGUGCUGGGGCGGCUGGGUCAGCUCUCGCAGCGGGACCGCAAGGCCCCCUGCAAGAACUUCUUCUGGAAAACCUUCACCUCCUGCUAG